UUGUCUACUGUAUAAGUGAAUUUCCCUGUUUCUAGCUUUUCCCCAAACAGUUCACUGCAGCAAAAGUAAAUGAGCAAAUGGGGGGUACACCUAACAGUCUUAAAGGUUCGCACAAAGUGAGGUAAUUCAAUGCAAUUCAAUUUUAUAGGAUACAAACAUUCUUUAUUCUAUUUAUUAAUCACAUUUAGAUGUUUAGAUAUUUUCCAUAGCCUAGGCUGUAUCAGUGAAAACCUAUUGCAAGACUGUGCAUUAUUCUGUGGUUCCCAUCGAAUGUCUUUCGUUUUCGAUCUAAACAACUGUAUCUGUCAUUGUCAUGUCAUCACGUAGGCUAAAGAUAGGAUGACCUAUUUUUCGUUGAUUUUAAAUAUAUUUAUGAAGAUCAGGUCUGAGUUGAAAAAAUUCAAUCAAUUGGUUAAUUAAUAGUCUAUUGGCAACAGGCUGUUUUUUCUUUUCAGUUUCUUUUAUUUCCAAUAUACCAAAGACACACUGAAGACCCUUGUCUUUCUAUUUCACAUUUUCUGCAAAGAAAUAUAGGUAACUGUUUUGUUUGAAAAAGAAACCCUGAGAGGGGGUUAUGACUAAGUCAUGUGCUGAUGUGACUGUGAUUGAACCAGUGCCACCAAUGGAAAAGUUAACCUGCAGCCCUGACUGUAUAUUGUGUGUAUGUAUUCAUGCUUGUUUACAUGUCUUAUUGUUCUAAAGAUUAAUAUGUUGUGCCACCUAUUGUCUCCUCAGGGCAAUGUGAUGAGGAGUCAUCUCAGGUCUUUGCCUGCUUGCAGUGCCCAUUUGUUCACAUGGAAGAAGCGUCCCUGAACUGGCACAUUGAGAAGGUUCACCCAGAGGAGUACAGCAGGAUUCUGAGCUCUGGAAGAACUAGAGCAGAGAACAUGCUGCCUCCCAGGAGUAGCACCUAUCAGCAACCCACAGCCCCCAAGACAACCCCCACCCCAAAACCUUCCCACACAGGCACUACAGGGGCUCAUACAUGCUUCAUGUGUGGGAAGAGUUUCAAGUAUGCAUCCAAUCUGAUAACACACCAGCGAAUUCACACAGGGGAGUGUCCAUACCCCUGCUCCCAAUGUGGAAAGAGUUUCACUUCUGCAUCAGAUCUGAAAAAACAUGAAAGAAUUCAUACAGACGCCUGGAGGACGUGCACCUCGGCCUAGUGAACCCCACUGGGAUUAGACCUAGAAGAGUCCGUAGAAACCGAGCUUUGUGCACGUCUCUUCUAGACAGCGUGUCAAGCAGCUAAGAGGAGAGCAGCAAAGGGGUAUCCAGAGAUGCCUACCAAAGCCAGAGUUUCUUUGGACACAGGUGGACACAUCUGCACUCCAGCAGGAAGACUGACAAUCAUCCACACAUUUUUAGCUGAGGAAAACUUGUUUGUUUCUUAAAUGCACUGAAGUAUGGUAUUGAUCAUUUAGAUUGUAUCACAUCGCUUGUACUUAGCCACAGCCACCUAGCUCUACAUAGCUAACGUAGAUACUUUCUUACUAACAUUAGCUUACAAUUCCAUUUCCAUUUUACUUUAACCAAGAUCUGUGCUUCCGAUUUUCCCUGCACUGAUAUCUAACUGAACUUAUUGGAUAUAUGGUCUCGUGUGUUUAGAAUGGCAAGGUGCACUGGGAGUAGGUAGACUUGGCUACCUAACUCCAGUGGCCCUCUGUAGCCAUGUCAGCAUCACAUGCUAAAAUCAUACUUUGCUCCAUCAGAGGACCUUUUGUUCUCCCCUGCACCAUGUAUGCUGUUGAUCACACACAUGACUAGACACACACAUGCAACACUCUAGUCCCCCUUUCCAUAUCCUCCCUUAUUUAGCCUUUCAGGAUUUUAAUUUAGAUGUGUUUGUUUGACAACAAGGUUUAGAAUAGAAUUUAUUAGUCUGAUUGUUAUUUGUAUAAAUGUUUAGAGCCUGCCAUCUCAAAGGACUUACACAUAUUACAUUAUUGAUUAUUAAUUUAGCUAAUAUUUAAUGUUGAAAUUUGUAAUCAUGAUUUAACAAUCGAUUAUGGGGCUGAUUAUACUUUUGCACCAUUUGAUCAUUGAAUGUGGUAAUAUAUAUUUAUUUCCCCUUACAUUUUGGUGCCCCGUGUGAGGAUUGCUACAAUGGACAUGAUUUAAUUAUUUUUCCUCACUAUUUGAUCAUUUGUAGAGGUAUUUCCUACUACAAAGCAAAGGUUUAGAUUCUGUAAGGUUAUCUAUGUUUUAAGUAUAUUGCCAUUGGGAAAGAUUAAUCCAAUGUAUUUUAAUAGUUUGAUAUGUUGUACCAUGUGCUUCCUUUUCACAAAUUCUCCCUUUGCUUUAUGACUGGAAAUAAAUAUUGCUCUGCUCACCCAUUCCAA